UGCUACCACCACUGAUGCACCAAUCACCACCACGACUGCUACCACCACUGAUGCCCCAAUCAUCACUACGACUGCUAUGACCACUGAUGCCCCAAUUAUCACUACCACUGUUAUCACCACUGCUGCCCCAAUCAUCACCACGACUGCUACUACCACUGCUGUCCCAAUCAUCACCACGACUGCUACCACCACUGCUGCCCCAAUCACCACUACGACUGCUAUCACCACUGCUGUCCCAAUCAUCACCACGACUGCUACCACCACUGCUGUCCCAAUCAUCACCACGACUGCUAGCACCACUGCUGUCCCAAUCAUCACCACGACUGCUGUCACACUGAGCACAACAUUAACAACAGUUGCGGGCAACACAACCGCUCCCGUCGCAACCAACACGACCGUUCCGGCGACAACCACCGGGUUCGCGAGCAGCACGACCGCCUUUGUCUUCCCUGUGACGACGACGUUGGCUAUGCCAAGUGUGACAACCGCAGCAACAACAACAACAACAAACGGAACGGCAGCAACCGCCACCACCACCGCCACCACCACCGCAGCAGCGAUGCCGACCACUUCCACAGCAACAGCCGUCUCGCAGCGGCCAUCUUGUCCCACUGUGGAUGACACGACGUCGUUCACGACCGAGGCGAGCAUGCAGAUCGAGACGGAUGCUCCCAUCGGAGGGAACUGCUCAUUUGAAUUCAUCGUCAGCAAACAGAAUGUCACCAGCAGCGUCACUGUGCUCAGCUGGUGCGGGUUGGACGGUCCUCAGACGCGUUGCCACUGCGGCCCCGGCUUGCUGUGGAGUGCGGCUGCCUGUCGCCAGGUGGGAGCGUGCGAUGACGUCACCGCGUCUGGCCCCUCCCCCUCGCCUGGCUCCGCCCCUUUCUCCUACUCCGGCUCCGGCUUUUUCCCUUCCUGCACGUGCAUCAAGGGGUUCCCGCCCGACGGGGUGCAGUGCGUGUCUCGCCCAGAGUCUCUGCCAUCGUGCACGACCGCCAACCCCACCGAUGCCACUACCGUCGUGAACGCCACUGUGACCUCUGAGAUGACCAUGGACGCUACUGUGACCACUGCAGUGGCCCUGAACACCACUGCGACUACCGUCCUGAGCACAACGAUGGCAACCGUCGGUUCGAAUCAAACGAGAAGCCCCGACGCGCCACAAGAGAUCAAGGUGGUCCCAGUGACGCUGACAAUCAAUGAAGUCUUCAACAAUGCCCUGAGUGACCCAAACUCGCAGGAGUACAAGAACAUGUCAGAGAGACUCCUACCCAUCCUCAACAGCUCCUAUCAGAACCUCGGAUCUCGGUUCGAGAAAGUGGAGAUCUUAAACUUCUGGUCCGGCAGUGUCAAGGCAUCCGUGAACGUGAUUGGCGACAGCCUCACCAACUCCGAGGUCACCACCUUGACCUCCUCUUCCAUUGACGAUUUGAUAGCGGCUGGAGUUCCAGUCAUCGACUUCAAUAUCAACGGUACCACCACUACCGUCACCACUGUGAGGCUUAAAUAUAUCUUAAAUCAAACGAUGGAUUUACAAAACCAGCCUAAGGAAGAGGUGGAGAGGCAGGUUCCCAUCCUGUUGAAAAACCUCACCAUGCAGACAGACCCUGCGGGGGGCAGCCUCAGCCCCGACAACAUCCUCGCUGCGAGCGCGGCGCUGCGUCUGAUCACGAUGGCGACCCAGAACAAGAGCAUCGUCUUUGGCAAAGAGGUGGCAGAGAGCUUCCUCGUCAUGGCGAGCAACUUGCUGGCGACGAGCAACUUGGACUCCUGGAUGAAGCUGCAGACGCUGAACGAGCCGGACAGCGCCGACCUCCUCGGCAACGUGGAGACUUUCGUGACGAGGAUGAACACCACGAGCCUGGCCACGGGCACAAGUGCCGGUGCCGACGUCCUGUCGACGUUCAACAUCACCAGCGCCAACGUGCGGCUGCUGGGCACCGUCCUCGCCAGCGCCACCCAGGGGGGUAACUACUCCAAUGUGUUCGCGGGCGACGGAGUCGCCGGGGAGACUGCAGUGACGAUCGGUGAGGAGCAGCUGAAGAAGAUCGCCAAUGACGGCGGCGGCGGCAGCGGCACCUACGUCGUGAGCAUGCUCUUCACGACUCUGGCUGAAGUCCUGCCCCUCCGGCUGACCCCCGACCUGAACGGCAGCGGCGCUGGCUCCGCUGGCUCCGUGUCGAGCCACAUCCUUAGCACCGUCGUGAGCAACCCAAGGAACGGGACGGGCGUCACGGACAUCGUCCUGCACUUCCCGCUCACGGUGGCCAGCAAUGGCAGCGGCAACGUCGUCAACUGCACCUUCUGGGACACAAAGUAUAACAACGGGCGGGGCGGCUGGUCGGGCGUGGGCUGCCAUCUGACGCCCACCGUCACCACCGACAACGCGACGUCCUUCUCCUGCCGCUGCAACCACACCACCUCCUUCUCCAUCCUCAUCUCCCCCGGCGACGACCUAGUGAACGACCCGACCCUCUCGAUCAUCUCCUACAUCGGCGUCGGCCUCUCGAUCGCGUCCCUGGUGGCCGUCCUCGCCAUCGAGGCCAUCACCUGGCGCCCGUCGGUGUCCAGCGGCCGCGCCUCCCGGCGCUCCAACACGCGCCUCCGCCACCUCAUCCUGGUCAACGUGUGCACGUCGCUCCUCUUCGCCGACGUCUGGUUCAUCGUGGCCGCCUCUCCCGCCGCCCUCGCCAGCCCCGCGCUCUGCACGGCCGCCGCCUUCUUCGUCCACCUCGGCUACCUCGCCCUCUUCUUCUGGAUGCUCUGCGAAGGGCUCCUGCUCGUCUACGUCGUCGUCGUCGUCUUCGAACGCUUCGCCGCCCGCAGCCUCCGCGCCGCGGCCUUCGCCGUCGGCUACGGGGCCCCGGCGGUCAUCGCCGCGGUGGCCGUAGCGGCGACGUACCCCCGCGGGGCCUACCUGCGCGACGGAGCCUGCUGGCUCGACUGGGAGCGCGGCAGGACGCUGCUCGCCUUCGUGGUGCCGGCCUUCGCCGUGCUCGCCGCCAACAUCGCCGCGCUCGCGGUCGUCGUGAACACGGUGGCGCGGAGGAGGUCCGUGGGCGCCGGCUUCUCGGUGAGCCCCGACGUGAACGUGUGGCUGGUCGCUCGGAGCAUCGGGGUGCUCACGCCGCUGCUCGGGGUCACGUGGGGGCUCGGGAUCUUCGCGUUCAGCGCCGAGGGCAGGGCCAGCCUCGCGCUGCACUACCUCUUCGCCAUCCUCAACUCGCUGCAGGGACUCUUCAUCUUGAUCUUUAGCUGCCUCCUCGACAAAGAGGUUCGCAAGGAGCUGAAGAAGAAGCUUGGACUAGGUGCACAGAAAUCGAAGGGGAUCAGCAGCACCGGUUUGAAUCCAAUCGUUCUACCAAGGUUUCACUCUUCCGAGAGGAGAGAGCCGGAGAUGAAGAUUCACCUGAAGCGUCCGGCCAUAAACAACUCCAUCAAAUUUCUGAAUCUCUCAGACUACCAAACUCUGAACAGUGACUGGUGAACGGGGAGAAAGCAGAGGAGGAGGUGAUGGAGGAGUUGGAGAUGAAAUUGGUUGAGGUGGACGUGGUGGUGGUGGAUUGGGAGUCUGCCCCAAUGGGCCCGCGUUAACAAAUCGCUCUUGAACUGCAUCACAAAAGUAACCUGCAGCGUCACACCUAUCGCCAUCAUUAGGGGACAGAACGGCGGUCCGAUCUCCGACUUCCCCAGCAGAGGUCGCAACCGGGGUACCUGAUACCCGUACCCUACCCGGUACCCGUUUGCGACCCUGGUGCGGCUGGGUACAGGUACGGGUAGGCCGUGAGUCACUGGUGAGUCACCGUUUGUCACUCAUUUCGGGUAGGGUACGGGUACGGGUAGGGAAUGGGUACCUGUACCCGGCCGGGUACGGGUACGGUACGGGUACCCGAUACCCGUACCCUACCCGGUACCCGGCUACAUGUACCCGGUCGGGUACGGGUACCCGUUUGCGACCCUGGUGCGGCCGGGUACGGGUAGGCCGUGAGUCACUGGUGAGUCACCGUUUGUCACUCAUUUCCCAACGUCUUGUCUCUUCUCACAAUUCAAGUUCCUAGAAUCAACCCACCCGCGCCUGCAACAUGGCUUCAUCCCAGAGGUCGCAAUCAGGUACCCGAUACCCGUACCCUACCCGUACCCGGCCGGGUACGGGUAGGGUACGGGUAUGGCCGAGUACAGGUACGGGUACGGGUACCCGAUUGCGACCCUGGUGCGGCCGGGUACGGGUAAGGAAUCAAAACCCAGUAGUAGGUUUUUACCCUUUAAACUGGUACAUUCGUGUGUGUGUGUACACGUGUGUGUGUGUGUACACACACAUGUGGGGAGCGGUGGGUGUAGUGGUUAGCGCCACGCUGCGCUAUGAACCUGGCGACCCGAGUUCGACACCUUUAUAGGUGUCAGUUUUGUACCAGUUUAAAGGGUAAAAACCUACUACUAUAUUUUGCCACUGGUAAAGGAGGUCUCAUAGUGAAUCAAACCCCGUUUGCGACCUCUGGCGCCGGGGCUGGGUGGAUGUUUUUAUACUUUAACGAGCGACCGAUCAUUGCCGAUUGAAUCGCCGCGCUUCUGUCGAACGUCUCGUGUCUGGCGUCGCGCGGGAGAUUCGAAUCUGGGACCCCGCCAAUUGUCACCCCUCCUUCAACCCCCCGAGAGAGUGAGCGCGUGUGUGUGUGUGUACACGUGUGUGUGUACACGUGUGUGUGUACACGUAUGUGUGUGUGCACGUGUGUGUGUACACGUGUGUGUGUACACGUAUGUGUGUGUGCACGUGUGUGUGUACACGUGUGUGUGUACACGUAUGUGUGUGCACGUGUGUGUGUACACGUGUGUGUGUACACGUGUGUGUGUGUGCACGUGUGUGUGUGUGUACACGUGUGUGUGUACACGUGUGUGUGUGUACACGUGUGUGCGUGUGCACGUGUGUGUGUACAUGCAUGUGUGUGUGUGUACACGUGUGUGUGUGUACACGUGUGUGUGUGUACACGUGUGUGUGUACAUGCGUGUGUGUGUGUGUACAUGCACGUGUGUGUGUGUGUGUACACACACAUGUGGGGAGCGGUGGGUGUAGUGGUUAGCGCCACGCUGCGCUAUGAGCCUGGCGACCCGAGUUCGAUUCCCGCUCACGGCCAACACCAGUGACGAUUAUCUGAACCGGUCCCGGGCCUCCCCUAGGUCACCACAGUCUAAAAUGAAUACCUGGUGCGAUGUGUAGUAAACAUCGCCACUGGGGAGACAAAAGCGGCCAGGCGUGGUGGCGCUGGCCACCCGCCCCCCUCGUGUGCCGUGCCGGCCUUCAUAGGUGCUCGCUAACAGCACUUGCCCCUAUAGUCUGUUAAGGCUACACGGGGGAAGCUUUAUGUCUUUGCCUUUUGUGAAUCGGUUAUGAUUUUGUGGUUUUAAAUGAAUGGCAAUAAAUUAUGGCGAGGAGAUUCGUGCAAGGAUCCACGAUGCUCCGUCCGUCUGUCCGUGCGUCCUCAGAAUGGUUUUAUGAAUUAGGAUCAUCA